AUUUGCAAGAUGGCGUCGCCUGUUCCACCCCCACCAGACUUAGGGAUUUCGGAGCAGGGAGCAGCGGUUACGGGUAAUGAGACUGUGGGGGGCCUGAGGUCAUGGGAGCGGGCCUGGGCUGUAGAUGAGAUGAGGAAGGAGGCUGGGAACUGGUCCCUCGCUGCUGAUGCUGGGCUUCUGCUGCACCUACAAGAGUUUUCCCAGAGGAUGAUAUUGAAGGUCCACGAGAUUGAAAAGGGAGUAGACGGACUGCUGAAUGACUCGAAGUUGACCUCAGUAAAAGUGAACAAUGUCUUCAAUGAUUUUAUCAUGCUGGCCAAUACACAGUUUGUGGAGAACCGCGUCUACGAUGAAGAUGUUAGUCAGGAAGGAGCAGCUAAAGAGGAAACCAAACCAGAGGAACAGGAGAAGACUCGAGAACAAAGGGAAGCCGAACUAAUUCCCAAGGUCAAAGAGGCAUUAACCUUAGGCAUCAAUGUGAUCGAUGAGGCGUUUGAGAAACUUGACAGCCAUGUUGCUGACUCCGACUCUGAGGACGAUGAUGAAACAGGAUAUAGAGUUGACCCCAUCUUAGAACCUAAGGACCCGUACCUCAGCAGACCCCUUCCCCUCCUGAUAGGUACACCUAACUUCCUCAACGACGACAACGUUGGAUUGCUGGAAGAGGAAUCAGAGGAGGAGGAGAGUGACCAUGGCAGUAUAAGUGAGAGUGAAUCAGAAGACGAGAAGAAGCAGGAGACGUCGGAUGAGUACUCGUAUAGCGACAGUGACAGUGACUCUGACGCACCGAAAUCGAAACCUGCACCCAGAAAAAUUGCACGAGGGAGUUCUGACGAGAGUGGUGACAGUGACGAUGACCUGUUUGGGGGAAAAGGAAAGGACAGCGAUGAUCAGGAAGAUGAUGAGACUGAUGAUGAAGAUGAAGAUGAAAUUGCAAGAGAAAAAGAAACACAGCCAAAAGGACCAACCGACUUUGCAUCAGAACUGGCUAAAAAGAUUGGUGUUCCUGCCAAGAAGCCGCCACCAGAGAGUGAUGAGGAUGGUGAUGACGAGUUUGUAGAUGACCCGAAACCAAAGACGAAAGGGAAAGAAAAGAAGAGGACAGAUUCAGAAAGCAGUCAUAAGAAAUCCAAAAAAGGAAAGGACAAAUCAUCGUCAAAGACGAAAGUCCCAGACGAUGAUGUGGACCUGUUUGGAGCCCCUGAAGAGGAAGACUCCCCGUUUGGUACCUCUGGUGGACUGUUCUCCGCCAGUAAGAGUAUGUUUGACGAUGACAGUGAUGAGGGAGGUCUUUUUGGUGAUGUGGUGACAGAAGAGGCUAUAGAGGAAGAGAAACCUAAGAAGAAAACUAGUAAGAAGCCUGCUGGAGGCGUGUCUCUGUUUAGGGCAGAUGAUGAUGAUAUGUUUGAGUCCAGUACGAAGGAAAGAAGUGACUCCAACAAAAAGCCAACGUCCAUAUCGGCUCCAAGCACUAAGAAAGGCGGAGGCGCUGGCAGUGGAUUCUUUGAUGACGACGACGAUGAGGAUGAGGAUGCCGGUGAUUUGUUUGCCACAUCAAACAAAAAACCAUCAGGAGAAGAAAAGGUCAAAGCUCCAUCUAAAUCUGCAUUGUUUGAUGACGAGGAUGAUGAGGGGGAUUUGUUUGGAUCAGGUUCAGCAGCAAAACCACCAGAGGAGAAAAAGAAACCAGAGAAAAAGCUACCAGCGGGGGCUGUCUCCAUGUUUGGUAGUGGACCUAACCCACUAGCUGCUGCUCUGAAGAAACAGCGUCCAGCCUCUGAUGAUGAAGACAGCGAUGCCUCAGCUGGACACAAGUCCCGUAGCAGCAGCAUUAAAUCUAGCCAAUCACAGUCCUCUUUGUCUUCACGACAAGUUGAUAAAGUGAAGAAAGAUGGCCGGAGUUCUUCCAACAAUAGUCUGUUUGAUGAGGAUGCUGAUGACAGUUUAUUCAGUAGUCCUCCUAAACCAAGAGCAGACAGUAAAUCGAAAGCUAAGCCAGUAGAUUCAUUGUUUGGAGAGGAUGAAGAUGACGGUUUGUUUGGUAUGGGAAAGAAACCUAACAAAAAAGCAGCAGCAAAGAGUAAGGUGACAGAGAAGCCUAAAUCAAGUGGUCUGUUUGGGGAGGAAGAUGAGGAAGGAGACAUGUUUGAUGGCGCCCCAGUCAAGUCUACCCCCAGUAAGAAACCUGUGGGAGGCGUGUCCUUGUUUGGUGGGGCUGAUAUUCUCGGCAAAAAAAAAGCAGACCCAACACCAGAGCCAGUACAGAAACAGGAACCUCCAAAGACACAAGCUGCUGCGCCGAACAAGUCUCCUCUGUCACUGUUUGAUGAUAACGCGGACGAAGAAGAUGAUUUGUUUGGAGGAGUUGGUGAUGUGGCCACCAAAGCACCACAGGCCAAACCUGUGGCCACAACAGGAGGGAAGAGAGAUUUGUUUGGUGAUGAGGAUGUCCUGUUUGGAGGGGCUGAGGAGGAGUCCCCCGGGGUCAAUCUGUUUGGCUCUCCUGCUUCCCCUGGCACAUCACCAGAGAAGAGUUCGCCUGUAAAGUCAAAGGCAGCUCCGACCCCUAAGGCGCCUGUUACCAAGGUAACACAGAAAUCAAGCUCAGGUCUGUUUAACGAUGACGAUGACGACGACAUGUUUGGAUCGUCAGCACCAAAGGUACGGGCGGACAGUGGGGCGACACUCCCUGUGGCUGGGGUCACUACGGAGGAGAGUUCUGAUACACCAAAGAAUAAGGAGGCUACAAAGCCCUGGAAACCUGUAGGAGGCGUGUCCAUCAUGGGGGGUAUCGAUCCCUUCGCCAUCAAAAAACGAAGACCAGUCGGUGAAUCAGACGAGGAGGACGAUGUGGGGCCAAAGAAAACAGAAGUAAAGGAACCACCAGAGCCUGCCCAGUCUGCUCCGGUAACAAAAAAAGUUGAUCCCUUAUUUGGUGAUGACGAUGAUAGUGAUGACAUGUUCACAGUCUCCAAACCAAGUCCUAAACCCUCGACUAUUUCCGCCACUAAACCUCCCCAGAAAACUGAGGAUGUCUUUAGCCCCAACAAACCUGCCAACACUUCAGUGCCAAAACCCAAGCCUGGUCCCCUGUCUGUGGACGAUGACGAGGAUGAUGAUGACAUGUUUGGUCGGAAGCCUCCCCCAUUACAACUUGACUCUCCAGCUAAAUCAAAAGUGGGUGAUGUAUUUAGUUCGUCCCCCUCCUCAGAAAGCGAUAUGUUUGGCUCGUCACCCCCCGCGCUAGAGGAACCACAAACGGCACCACCAAAGGUGAAGAAGCCGCCUGCGGGGGCUGUGUCCAUGUUUGGUGGGGUUGAUCCAUUCGCAGCCAUGAAGAAAAAACAAGCUGUAGAAAGUGAAAAGACAGCAGAAGAUUCAGAAGAACAGCCCUCAGCAUCUGUACCUAAAAAGGCAACUUCUAACAAGGGGAGCGAACUCCCAUCUCCAACCAAGGAGACAGAACCCCCGUCUCCCACCAAAGGGUUUGCCCCUUCUUCACCCACCAAGGGGCCAGAGAAAGGGUUUCCUACCAAAGGGCCCGCUGGUAAAAUAGGGAAACUAAAGAUGAACAUAGGGAUCAACCCCGCUGCUCUACUACCUGGGGCGGCCCCACCUGUGAAGGAGCCAGAACCGGUCGCUAUAGGAUUUGACCAGCCCGCUGAGGUCAAAACCCUACACAGCGCCUCAAAGGACCGUGCAAGAAUACAGACGAAACGCCGCCCACCCAGUCGCAUGGCUCGUCAAUCAAAGGGAGAUAGUAGCACCAGUGAUUUAUUUAGCCCUUCAUCGCCACCUGGUGAUGAUGUUCCCAAAGAGAUGCCAAAACCAGUUGUGAAUAAUCGAGUGCCGCAACCAACCUCCGAUCUUUUUGGUAACGAUGAUUUGCUGGAUGGUGGCUCUACGACACCUGUCAAGUCAGCUCCUAUUGUCCAAGAAAAUCACCUAUUCUCAGGUGGAGCUUUCUCCUCAGGUGCUAAAGUUACAAAAUCAAAAAAAGGGGUGGACGAUGAUUUGUUUGGAAGUCCGACUAAAUCGGUUGUGAAGUCAGCGACUAGUGACGAUGUAUUUGAUGUGUCAUCUAAAAAGCCUAGUACACUAAUGAACAACGAUGAGGAGGAGGAUUUGUUUGCUCCUAAAUCUUCUAAAAGGUCUACUAAAGUUACUGAUGAGGACGAUAUAUUUUCUACGUCACAGCCAAAAGUGUCAAAACAGUUGCUAAAUGACGAUAACUUAUUCCCUUCAAAGUCAGGAACAAAGAAUGAUAACUCUAAGGCGCUGCCACCUAGUGAGAAAUCUACAAACGGUACUCAGAAUGAUGAUGAUAUAUUUGGGGGUGUAGGCACACCCAAGAAAACAGAAGCAAAGCCUGUACUUGAAAAAGACAAAAUGAACAAUGAUGAUAUAUUUGCUGGAGCCACGGACACUGUGAAAAAAGUAGAAAAACCCAAUCAGGAUGAGGACGAAGACUUGUUUGGAAAGCCAAUGGAAAAGAAGAAACGGCAAGUGAAACGAGCCCCAAAGACGAAAGAUGAAGAUUUAUUUAAUGACAACACAGACAUUUUUGCUGACGUCCCUGCAUCUAAACCCAAGGAGAAGAAGAAGAAAAAGACGACAACUGGAGGCUCAAAGAGCUUAUUUAAAGACACGGAUGGUUUAGACGACAUCUUUGCCAGUGCUCCACCCAAAACCAAGACAACCAAGAAGGAGAAAGCCAAGAAAACCGCUCCAGCCGCUGAGAAAAAGACUGGUGCGGAUUCAAAUGAUAUUUUUGAUGAUCCCCUCGGCAACUAAUUAAACAAGAUGGCCACCUCUUUAAACACGUAGCCUUGAACUGAUGAUGUUGUGGUGACCUCUAGGAUAACCAUGUGGUCACCUUGGUGAAGAAUAUGACUAGGAAGAAAUGACCUUCAUCUUUAUUGUGUGACCUUGAUGGUAAAACAUUCUCCAAAGAGUGACCUUGGCAAGAAAGUUAUGACCUUCAUCUUGGAUAUUUUACCUUGAUGAUGAAACAAUUGCUUAGCAAUUACCUUGACCAGGAAUCCAUGACUAUCUUGUGUGCUGAACAUUGCUUAAGGAAUAACUUUGAUUGUUUUGGGGGUUAUACGGUAUAUACCGAAAAAUCUGUAUGGACUUUGCAUAAAGCCCACAUAUAUAACGAAAGAAGUCAUAGUUAUUCCUUAUAAUUAAAUUCAGAAAGACAGACAGCACUACUUUGUCUAUAGUUAAUGAGUAUUUAUUUAUUUAUGAUAAAAACAAAAUUCCCACAAAACACAGCAUUGUGGUGUAGUAUCAUUGCUGAGCCACUCAAUUAAUCAGAAAUUAGAAUUACAAACACAGUGCCAAACAUUGCAGUAUACAAUGUCAUCUGUUUUUGUGUUUAUGUGUACAGGGAAAACUUCUGAAUUCAAACCGAGAAAUAUAUGUGAUUUAAAAUGAUUUUUUGUGACUUUUCUCGAUCAGCAAAAUUAAUACAAUUACACUAGAAUGAAAUGUAUUUUUGAUCGUAGUUUUUCGAGGGUACGAAAGGAAACAGAUAUAUUAUAUUACUUGGCCUGAUAAAACAUUUUUAAAUACUGUAAUGUACCUGAUAUCUUAUUUACACCCCAUCUACAAAGGAGCUUGGGUUAUUCUGUUUUUCGUCCCAUCCUUCUGUCUAUCUGUCUGUUAGUGAUUGUCUCCACUCCAGAGAGCUCAUGAUAUUAUUUUAUCAAACUUGAUGCAACGUUUCAGGACGUUGAAUGUGGUUCUCUUACAACUGGUCAUAAAAGCGUUCCCAAAGCACUUGGUUUUCUACAGUGUAUGUUUAAAUUACACAAAAGAGUGAGUUUCAAAGUACUCUAUUCAAGGUCAAGGUCACUGUUUCUUAAAAUAAAAUCUUUGCCAUCACUCUAGAAAGCUUAUUUCAGAUUGCAGUUUAGUAUAUCAAUAUCUUGACUGAUUUUUAGAAAGCUUAUUUCAGAACGCAAUUAAGUAUUUCAAUAUCUUAACUGAAUUUUAGAAAGCUUUUAUCAGAUUGCAGUUAAGUAUCAGGUAUAUCAAUAUCUUGACAGAAUUUUAGAAAGCUUUUAUCAGAUUGUAAGUAUUUCAGUAUCUUCACAGAAUACAUAUUUACCAAUGUAUUACGUGGACCAGAUUCAGGUCAGAUUUGAAUGGAUAUAAGUAAGUAUUACCAGUCAUCAACAUUAUACUUAGUGCAAUAAUGGACUUUAAACAUCACAGCAUUUGUGACAUUAACUACACAUUUAUAAUUCAUGGGUUACCUGAUUUUCACCACUGGUACCAUUUACCUACCUGUGGGCAUUAACAAUUAUACAUCACACAAGUUAUUGUGUAUUGUUGUUACCUAAACAGGAUGGCAGAGAAAUUGUGUAAGCGUUCCUCACUUCCUUUUGUUGAAAAUGUAAGGUUUUAUAAAGAAAGUAAGAAAGUAUGUACCAGUGUUCUGACUUCAGAUAUGAAUUGAUAUGUUGUUAAAUACUUCAUCCUGUUUUGUAUAUAUGUAGAAACCCAUUCCCUCCAAUGUACAAUGUCCUGCCUGAGUAUAUAAUACUGACAUUCCUUGUGUAAUACCGGUACCACACACACAGAGUGUACCUUGUGUUAUACCGGUACCACACACAUACAGUGUCACUUAUGUAAUACAGGUACCACACACACACAGUGUACCUUGUGUAAUAACAGUACCACACAUACGGUGUACCUUGUGUAAUACCGGUACCACACACAUACGGUGUACCUUGUGUAAUAACGGUACCACACACAGUGUACCUUGUGUAAUACCGGUACCACACACACACAGUGUACCUUGUGUUAUACCGGUACCACACACAUACAGUGUAACUUAUGUAAUACAGGUACCACACACACACAGUGUACCUUGUGUAAUACCGGUACCACACAUACGGUGUACCUUGUGUAAUACCGGUACCAUACACACACAGUGUACCUUGUGUAAUACCGGUACCACAGACAGUGUACCUUGUGUAAUACCGGUACCACGCACACAGUGUACCUUGUGUAUUACCGGUACCAUACACACACAGUGUACCUUGUGUAAUACCGGUACACAUUGUUAUCACACAUUUACAGUGUACCUUGUGUAAUACCGGUACACAUUGUUAUCGCACACACACAGUGUACCUUGUGUAAUACCGGCACACAUUGUUAUCACAC